AUGCAUGACAAAAUGACGUUCAAGGGGAUUCAACCAAACGAGCUGAGUCCGCUAACUACCCUCACUGGGUCAGAUAUUAGUUUAGAGGAUGCGGUUCGUUGUUCUGCUACUUUUCUUCUUUGGGAGCGGUUAUACGGGAUAACAACAGUGUCUCCAACAGCGUACAAGACACGUCUGUAUUGCCUGCAGCAGCGACAACGUAGUUCGGCAGUGGACAGUUCAACUGGGCCAGCCCGGAAAAAUGGCUUGUUGCUUCAACGCCCGUACGUUGUCAGAACGCAGGGGUCGUUUAUGCAUGACAUGUCGAAGUUUGAGGGUGGGCGGGAGGCAGGUUACAGCGUCCCUCGCGAUGAUGUACCUGGGUACGCCUCAAUGGAGGCAUUGCCACAGGGGGGAAAAAAUGACUUCAGUGAGGGUAACAGCAUCGCGGCCACGGAUGAUUUCCACAGAGAUGUAAAAAACACCGUGGUGCAACGAGAGCGUUCGCCUUCUCUGAGGGGAAGUAAAAAGUGUGAGACCUCUCCUUCUACAGAUGAAGUUGAGAAUCGGGAGUUGUUCUCCUUACCUCCGCUUUUGUCUACGCCGCCAGCUGGACAGGGUGUCCCGUCGUCAUGUAGCGGGCUAUUUUCACCACACACACCAUAUCGAUCAGUUGCGGAGGAAACGACACUGCAAUUUCAGGAAACCAAUGUCAGGGAAGACAACGUCAUGGUGAGAGGUCUGGAAUCGGGUGGUGUAUCUGGCGAUGUUUGGCCUCCACAGAGUCCAGCAAGUGACGUGUUGAAAUUGGGAAAUUAUGAUAAUACUACUGAUAAUACCAGAGGGAGUGAAUUUUUUGAGAUCCGCGCUGGUAGAGGUAAAACGGAUCAAACACAACCUGAUCCGACGCGUGUAACGAGUCAUCCUGCGCCUCAAUGGCCGCGAUGGGAGACAUCAAUAGAGCCAAGGCGUGUCACUAACAAUGAAGUGGUGAAUGAGGCAAUACAGUGUGGCAACCAUGGAACUGAGAGGGUGAUCAUGUUUCCGGAAGACGUUUCUGUUCACUCUGAUGAUGUGCAGGCAACAGUUGCUUCCGGUGCUGGACCUUCCUCUCGGAGUAGGAGAGGUGUUCUACUUGCCUCUUCGCUCCAACCCACGCAUGGGAGGGUCAGCAGCGAAACACCACUGGGAAGGAUAUCGGGCGAGGCAAAAGUCGACGGUAUAGCUGCGACACAAUUGAGGGCAGGGGAGGAAACAGAGAGGAAAACGCGAAAGUAUUGCCCCCCCGCGUUCUAUUCUGCUCGGGUACCACCUGAUAGUGCUGUAACGGCUGCGAUGGGUGAAGGUGGUGAGGUGGUUUCUUACGCGCAGGGGAGCGGCGGCACUUACGUUCCAGCAAGAAAAACCACAGCAGAUGUUCCUGUGGUCACCCACACGGAGCCGGCCGUUCAGGAUCCACACGACGAUGCCAUAUCACCACCACAAGACUGGGCUUCUUCCCUUUUUGUGGAAACCAGCCCCCUUGCUUCCUCUGAUUCCUCUUUUUCGGAGGAUCUUCAGGGAACGGAGGGUGAUGAGCGACGUUCCCCAGUGAUGAAUACGCCUACCGGUUCUUGGGGCGAUGAGCAUGUCGUGCCUUACUUGUCGUUGGGGAAGGACAGAAAAACGGCGUCUCCCCGCGCAUCGCCCCAGGAACCCGAGAACGGUGGACCUCCUCAUCAGUGGCUUGGGGAAAAAGAAGAAGAAGAGGCGAGGAAUAUUUCUGUUGAAGAGCCAGCGGAUAAGCCAUUUUCAGUAUCACCAUCGCCGUCUUUCAAAGACUAUGAAUGGGCCGCAAAGGCACAAGAGGCAUUGGAACAGCAACAAAGACGCUUUUGUGCUCGCACCCCAUCCGCCAACCCCCCGUCUCCACCUCCCCCUUUGCAGGUUUGUGGGUUCGAGCUGCCCCAGCCGCCCCGAGGUCGCUAUCCCGCCGUCCCCGUCUCCUUCAACCGGGAGCGAGACGUCGCCAGUGGCAAGAGCCCGCAGUCUGCCCCGGAGAAGCUCCGGGAUCCUUCUGCGUUGCCCAAGAACGCAGCAUCACUGCCAGAGCGCAAUUCCGCCAAAAAGCUCCCCAGCAAGCGUGCCUCGCGAACUGCCCUGCGUCCUCGGAGAGCGGAGCUCGGCCAAGGACAUCUGUCAGGGACGCCCAAACCCGAUGCAAACACGCGGAAGCGACCCAGGGAGGCCAUGAUAUCUUCCCCUCCAGCAGAGGAAUUCCCGCUUCCUCGUACAAUGCCAAUGAGUGAGCCUGCAAUACGGAAAAAAAAGGACACGAAGAAAAAACAAAACGGCAAUGACUUUCCUUUCCUUUCGUUUCAAUUUUUUUUUUUUUUUACUUUCUCGUCUUUUUUUGUCUUUUCUACAGGGUGGAAGCGAACCGCGCCCAAUGCUCACUCCUACUGCGCACCUCCAUCUCACACUUAUUUAUUGAAGGGAGGAUUUAUUUUAAAUCCUUCUCCCUUGACAGUUUUUAUUCUUUUUCAUUCCCCACAACAGGAAGGCGAGAGGGGCAUCUGCUCACCGUAA